CCAUCUGCAGACGGCCAAGGGGCAGCAGCACCGAGGGCCGGCAGCGCUGCCAAGGGAGGCAGGCACGGGCAGCAUCACCGAGGGACGUCCCAGAGGUGUCAGGGCGCAGACACCGUCCCCACCCAGGGGCCCCGGGCAGGGCAGCAGCUCGCUGGAGGGUUUCCUUCCUCCUGCCCCAGCCUGCGCCUCGCCAGCCACCCCGAGCUCGGCUGCAAGCGCCUCUCAUGUGACCGCCGGCUUCCUGUGCGCUCCCGGCUCGGUGCCGGUGCUGCGGGUCGGGACAGGACAGGACGGGACGGGACGGGACGGGCCGGGCCGUGCUCGCCGCUGCCGGACGCUGAGCGCUCGCCACCGGCCCCAGCGCCAUGCUGCGCCGCAAGCCUUCCAACGCCGGGGACAAGGAGCCGGGACACAGGAAGCUUUCCCUACAGCGUUCCAGCAGCUUCAAGGACUUCAACAAAUCCAAGGUCACCUCUCCCGUGUCAAGCGAGGAGUUCAACCUGGAGGACAAUAUCCCCGAGGAUGAUCCUGGUCCUGAGGAGGCCGUGCGGAGCAGCGGGACGAAGCUGGGCAGGAAGUGGCGGGCGGUGAUCUCACGCACCAUGAACCGCAAGAUGGGCAGGAUGGCUGUGAGAGCACUGGCUGAGGGGAAGCAGGGAGAGGUGGAGGAGGAGGGGUCCCCGUGCCCCCUGUCCCCAGGCAGCAGCAUGGAGGAGCAGAGCCAUGACAAGGUGCCCCUGUCGUACCUGGAGCUGGAGGAGGAGGACAGGCGCCCAGCCCUCGCACGCCAGAUGUCCAGCGGCAGUGACAUUCCCAGCCCCAGCGAUCCCGGGGACAGCCGGCGGAUGGAGGAGACUGUCCCAGCUUACACUGGCCCCUUCUGCGGCCGGGCCCGGGUCCACACCGACUUCACCCCCAGCCCCUAUGACAAGGACUCCCUGAAGCUGCGAAAAGGGGACAUCAUCGGCAUCAUCGAGAAGCCACCUGCAGGCACCUGGACCGGGCUGCUCAACAACAGGGUGGGCUCCUUCAAGUUCAUCUACGUGGAUGUGAUCCCUGAGGAGACGGUCCCUGCCCGCAGGAGCCGGGGCUCCAGCAGGAACAAGCGCCUCAAGCCCAAGACUCUGCAUGAGCUGCUGGAGCGCAUCAACCUGCAGGAACACAUUCCCACCCUCCUGCUGAACGGGUACCAGACCCUGGAGGACUUCAAAGAGCUGCGGGAGACACACCUGAACGAGCUGCACAUCACAGACCCCCAGCACCGGGCCAAGCUGCUCACGGCUGCCGAGCUCCUCCUGGACUAUGACACAGCCAGCGAGCCCGAGGAUGGUGACACCGCCGAGGCCCUGCCGUCGCCCUCAGAGUCCAAAUGGGACAUUCCCCGGGACUCCGGCUGCUUCGAGGGAUCAGAGGCCCUGGAUGGCAGCCGGGAAGAGGCUGAGUUGGGGGGUCCCACGGAGCAGCUGGGGGCUGUCUCCAUGGCACAAUCCCCCUGAGCCCGCCAGCAGCGCCGCUUCCCGCUCUGGCCCUGACAGUGGGGCUGGACUGCAGGGGACGGUUGCUGGCAGGGCACAGGGGAGCCCCAGUGGUGGCACCUCAGGGCCAGCUCGGCUCCUGCACCACAAGCCAGAUGCUGGAUGGGCACGAGGUGCCCCAGGACGUUUUGCAUUGCACUGCCAGGCACCACUGCCCCGAGGAACUCCAGACAUGCAGAGGCACCGCGCUCCCUGCCAAGACACCACAGCCAUUGGCUGCUUCUCCCAGGUUUGCCAGCAGGCUCAGGAGGGAGCUCGGGAUGGAAGCCAUGUCUGCAGGCAGCUGAAGCCUGCCCAGGACACUGUCACUUCUCAGCAUGGACACACAGAAGCCCUUCCACACCUGCCGCGGGGGACAGCAAGAUGCAAAUAACACAGCUAAGACACCCUGGAAGUGUGAGAUGGAGAGUCCUGAAAACACACAACAGGGGGAAGGGGCAGCUGGCUUGGGGCAGCACAGACACGCAGGGGCUACAGUUCAGCCAUUUUCAAACCAAUUAAGUUUCCUUCAUUGUUUUAAAAUUAAAAAAAAGAAGAAAUAAAAAAAAAAAAAGAACACCCAA